UAACGUCCAUUGACAAUCCUAGCAACCGACAAAACAUUUAUAGAUUGUUUUGCGUUUUGAAAGUAUUAUAUCGAUUGGAAAUAUUUAUCGAAACUAAAAUUCGACAAAUUUACUGUUCUUCCCAAUAUAUGAUGAGAAGAGGUUUUAUUGGAACAGAGGUAUAUGAAGAUUCGUACGACAGUGACAGUUGUAGUUUGGAUUUGGACCUAUUAAAUUUGAAAAUAAAUUAUCCUGGUGGUGGAGAUUGUAACAAACAUAAGAAUACCGAAACUCUGAGAAGUCAAUGUGUGAAUAGAGAUAGAGGUGACAAUCCGUCCAUAAGCAGUUCACAAAUCCAGAUAAGCCAUCCAUUGGAGAAUUACAAAUCUGGCCCACCAUUACUGUUCAGAGAACCAAGAGGUUAUUCCCAGUCUUCUAGGCCUUCUUGGGAUUCCAUAGUCGAUAAGAGCAAGUCCACUGUUAGAAUCUGCGAGGAGAGGAUAGAAAAGAACGAUUUUCUCUAUCCCUCCAAGAAGAAGAGGUCCACUUGUUCGAUUGAUGUCGAAUUUGAGAAGCCCGUAUCGAAGCCCAUAUCUAGAUUCACCUAUCGAGGUGCAGAAGAGGUUAGACAAUUUCCUUUUAAGGAGACUGAUAGUGGUAACCUGAAAGUCAAGUCUGAUCAGGUCGUUUACGAAACAGAAAAGUUGAGCAUCCUAGUUGCAAAACCAGAAAUAACAAAGGUAAGAAUCUGUGGAGGUGGUACGACCACUCAACAAUCUUCCAGCAUGGCGGCCAAAACGGAAGAAGACUGCUCCAAAUGCACCGCCAUAGACACCAUCAUGAGCCAGGGAGGUCUAACAACCCUAGGCUCUCUGAUAGGCAGCUCGCCAGUGAGAGCCAACAAUGAAGCGGUGGAGUAUAAGAGCAAGAGGACCAGCGAGAUCCUGGACCCCGAACUGAACCUUGGCAGGCUGGGGUACAGUGGCGGCGAUGGAAUUAGUUGGGAAAAGGUUAUGCUGCCGGAAAAGAAAAAUCUUUACCUCGAAUUGUACUCGAGGAUUACUAAUUAUACCAACGCCGACUGUAAAGUAUACAUAGACAACGAGGAGUUCAACUGCCAUCUGCUGGUGCUCCAGUGCUACUCUGAACUGUUCGACGAGUACAUAGCUGUAAAAAAAGUUGAACUUCCUUCCGACAAAUGCAGCGCAAGCUCCUUCGCCUUCAUCUACGAAUGGAUGAUAACUGGAGAGCCCUCCUACAAGGAGCUGAACAGGGAUAAUGUCCUGGACAUCUUCAUAUCGGCCAAGUACCUGAAGAUAAAAGACCUCAUGGAACAAUGCUGGGCCUUCAUAGACAACGUGGAGGUGUUUAGCGAAGACACCGCCUUCUUCUUGUACAUGGACGCCAAGACCAAGGGCUACGAGGAGGUCCAGGAGCUGAUGCUGCCCCGUAUCCAAGGUUUCUUCCUGAUGCUCGUCAGUUCUCAGGACUGGCUGGAACUGCAGAUAGAGGACGUGAAGAACAUGCUCCAGUCUAACUACAUCUGCGUCAACUGCGAGAUGGAAGUGUUCAUGUCUGCAGUGCGUUGGUUGAAGCACGAUUGGGAGAACAGGGACAAGUUUAAGUACGACGUCUUGUCCUGUGUACGUUUUGGCAACAUCGCACCUUGGCAGUUGGUGGACAUAAAGAGGAACCCCGAAAAUCCAGACUUCAUGGAGCUGGCCAAAGAUCCGGUGAUCUGCAAGAUGAUAGAUGAUGGCCUUGCUUUCGUCAUCAUCAAAUAUUGGUACGGCCAAGAGAAUGAUGACUUCCAGCACUGGAACAGCGUUCUAGGGCUCCAAGAGCCCCCUGCCAGAAACUGGAGCGGCUCCGACAAGACCUACUUCACCUACAGGGAGUUCCUCAUCUACCUGGACCAGUACAGGAGGAACCAGCUGAUGGAGAAGAACAAACCAAGAAUGAUGAUCGACAAGAAGGCGCAGCAGGAGAUCAAGGUUUCCCCCGGAACGCCCAAAGAGCUGUCCCACGAGAAACUAUCCGGCCAAGCUCCCACCAUGGACGACUUCCUGAAGAAGAAAUCCAUCGAUGAAGGAGGCAUACCAGUGACAGAACCGCCAAUAGAAAUCCGCAAGGUACCCAAACUCGAGGCGGCUGUGAAGAAAUGGACCAGGGGUCACAUGACGGAACACGAAGCUGCACUUAUAAUCCAGCAGGCCUUCAAGCAGUACCUCAGGAGAAAAAAGAAUGUUUUUUACGGGUUCUUCACUCAGAACACCAAAGAUAUACGUCUGCUCUUCACGGACUCGAAAAACGAGUUCUUCAGGCUAAAUAUGAACCGGAUAAGCAGAAGCGCCCUUGGACCAGAGAGCAAGGUCUACAUCACCGACACGUCCCUUUUCUUCCCUGAGAGAGAGUCCAUCCUCACUUUUGGCGGUUUGGACCCUCACGCCAGUUUCGGAACUGGAAGGAACACGGGAAAGGAGAUCUUCAGGUACCUGCCUCACCAGAACCAAUGGGAGCUGGUGGGGGAACUGCCGGAACCCAGACAGCACCACUGUGUGGCCUUCAUGAAGGGCAGGGUCUAUCUAGUCGGAGGUGCAGAUCCAAGAGACGAUGACGUACGUGGCAAGGCCAUAGUUGUCGACACGGUUUGGAGCUUUGAGCCGGUCAAGCGCAGCUGGUUCAGCGAAGGCAGUCUCAACAUCCCCAGAAAGAACUUCGGUCUCAUAGUCCACAGGAACCACUUGUUGGCCAUUGGCGGACAAGACAGACAAUACAAGACCCUCAGCUCAGUGGAGAAGUUCGACUCGAAGAAAGGGAACUGGACCUUGAUGGCACCCAUGCAGUACACCAGAACGGGCCUGGCCUGCACCAAAUACAGGGGAGUCGUUUGGGCUGCCGGAGGGCUCAGUAUUCUGCCCAGAGGAAACCGUAUUUUGGACGUGGUGGAAAGCUACAACCUCGACACUGAUCAGUGGACUGAGAUAACUAAGCUGAGGUUCCCGCGGUGCUUCUUCAAGAUGUUUGUCAUCUACGAUCGUCUAUAUUUGGUCGGUGGUGCAGGAUUCGAGACCAAGAAGGAUCCUACCACUUCCAGCUUAGGCGCCAUCGAUAUGUGGGAUAUAAGGAGACUGAGGUGGGUCCAUGCAGCGGAAAUGGUGAUUCCUAGACACGGACACUCUGUGGCCUUCAUCGGUACUCAGUUCUUGAUCAUUGGCGGUGUAACUACCAUCUACAUGAGAGCGCUGAACAAUGCUGAGUGCUUUUGCGUUCAAAGAGGGAGAUGGGUUAGAGGUGUUGCUCCAUUGCCUUUGCCUAUAUCUGGCCAUGCUUCAGUUACAUUACCACCUGCUAUGUUGAUAACACGUUGAUUAUUGGGAAGAAAUGAUGGAAAUUGAUUUUAGGACUAAAUUUCCUUGUUUAAACCGAUUAACUUUGUUACAUUUUCGAUUAUUAUUCGAAUACAUAUUGUGGAGAUUGAUUAGGGUUUUCGUGAAAUAAAGUUUUUCGAAUAUC